GGAGGAGAUCAAUGAAGAUGAAGAGGAGGAGGAGAGGGAGGAGGACAAAGAGAGGAAGGUCAGCAAGCCAGUGCAGGUGUCGGAUGAGAGCAGAAUGCCCCUCAUGGAUGAGUACUGUAGUGGGUCAGCAGAUGAGGCAGGCAGAGUUUGGUGGGCAGGCAAGUGGGACUCUGAGGAAGCAAGGUAUAGCCAGCAGGGCACAUCAGAGGUGAGCGUGCACACCAACAGAGAGGAGCUGUCAGCAGACUCAGCCAGCCUCCCUGUCAAUGAGGAAGAGGAGAAAGAGGAGAAAGAGCAAGGGUUUGACAUGGACAUGAGUUUGGGGCAGAUGGAUCAGCUCUGCAGAGUGGGGCAGGAGGAAGAGGAGGAUGAUGAAGAUGUAGAGAUGGUCAUGACAGCAAGCUACAGGAAUGCCAGCAAGGAUGACCUUACCGAGGACUGGCUGAGCAGCCCCAAUGCUGUCCUAGUGCCCCCAGUCCCACUUGCCAGGCCCUGGGGGCAGACCAGCCCCCUGGUGGACCCAUGGGCAGAGCCCACUGGUCUCACGCCACACCACUGGGCUGUUGAUCCUGUAGCAGCUGUACCUCCUGCACAGGCUUGGCUGAAGUUUAGUUCCACCUCCCUCCGCCCUGAGGCUGAGGAGUUUUACCCACAGUACACUGCCCCCACAUGGUCCCCUGACCCCCUUGCCCCUCUGGCACUGAACAUGUGCAGCACGCUGAGUGGGCCUGAGCCGGCGGUGCACAACAGCAGCAAGACCAGCUCACCGGAGGAGCUGCUGGACUUUGACAGCAGCUCAGGGGUGGAGUCACAGUCCGUGGAGAAACAGCGCACUCCCCUGCCCCCGCUGCAGGCUGACGUGGAGCCGGACCUUGGCAUCCACCUGGAGCAGGGUGACGAAGAGGAAGAGGCCAAGACCCUGCCUGCCGACAAGGUCCUGGGAGGACCCCCUACUGCCCCCAUGUCUGCCCCCUCCUCACCCUCCGCCUGCGACAAGGCCAGUGACGCAGAGGGCAAAACGUGGGCAGGUGACCAGCGUGGGUACAGAUUCACCAACCUUGAGGAAGCUGAGGAGGAUGGGAGCAAGCCCCAGUCAGCCAAUUUGGCCAAGUCCUACGCCGUCGACUCCAACGCCCUCUCCAUCACUGAGAGCUGCGUCCAGAGCCCUGGGAUCUUCUCCCUGGAGAACGAGGACAAUCUGCCCGAGGAGGCCAAGAACUCUUCCCUCAUCUGUGAACUCACCCUACUGGGCGGAGCUACCAACACCCCGCCAGGUUCCCAGGUCAAUUUGCUCCCCCUAGACCUGUCCAAUGCCCCAGAGCCCCAGUACAUGCUCUGUGGGAAGCCGGGGGCAGAGCUGGCUUCCCCUGGUGCCAGGGGUGGGGCCGCACAACUGGAGGCUGGUCUGCUGCUCUCCCCCCAUGGAGAGGGCCCAGAAGCUCAGCCGCUGUACUACUCCGCCAUUUGCGAUAACACUGAUAGCGUGCUGGCAGGUAACGUAUAGUCCUGCCCCUGUCAAAUGCACCUGCCCUUGUCUGCAUGCUGGGUGUCCUGUCUAGCAGGGGUAGAUUUUAGGAAGCAGGAAGACUGAAUAUAGAGGUGAAGCCACUCCAUGGAGGGAGAUAAGGAGGGGGAAACUCUAGGUGUAUCAGAGCCAGGGCCUCUGUCAUUUUACUAGUGCAUCAUGAAUAAGUAUAUGGCUUAAAUUGCUGUAUGUACAAUAGCUACUACUGUUUGCCAUUAGAAUGUCUUUUUUAAUUUUAACACUGUGUGUACCCAACAUCCAAAACAGACAGACCAUUCCCAAUACAGACAUGGAAUGACUGGUCUCUUAAAGCUCUUAAAAAAAGAAAAAAUAAUGAAUUCUUACCUUUGUGUUUUUAUCCUACUGUUUUUACCUAACAUUGUUACUUUUUUGUAUGUUUUUUUUUGUGUUGUCAUUGACUCGUGAAACCCUUGUCCCCUCCA